UCUGUUGCGCUCGGUCACUCUUUCCAAAGGAAAAAAAAAAGCUCUGAGAAUUCGCUUUUUUUUUGCGACUAUGAGGGAAAACUGUGAUUUUUAAAAGGACUACAAGAAUAUUUACGUAGCCUACUGUUGGCACAAAGUCUCAAACAUAUUUUCGAUUGUGAUGCCAGCUGGGAUGUUUAGUAUCGACAGUAUCUUGGCAGGGAGACCCAGCUGCAAGGACUCGGUUCUGCUCCAUCGGAAUGCUCCGGUUGUGUUCUCCAACUUGACGGAAUCCUUGUACACAGCAGCCGGCGAUUUUAACGGACUGUAUUCACACACCGGACCUCCAGCUCCUAACUUACAGUCGGUAAAUGGAAGGAUAGGCUACAACAACUACUACUAUGGACAACUUCAUGUCCAGGGGCCGACUGGACCAGCUUGCUGUGGCGCAAUACCAACUCUCGGCUCGCAACAAUGCCCGUGCAUACCUACAGGUUACGACAGCGCCGGUUCAGUACUCAUUUCUCCAGUCCCGCAUCAGAUGAUGUCGUACAUGAACGUUGGCACCUUAUCCAGAACCGAACUACAGCUACUCAACCAGUUACACUGCCGGCGCAAGAGACGACACCGAACCAUUUUCACCGACGAGCAACUGGAGGCACUGGAGAACCUUUUCCAAGAAACCAAAUACCCUGAUGUUGGCACACGAGAGCAGCUGGCACGAAAGGUGCACCUACGCGAAGAGAAAGUAGAGGUUUGGUUCAAAAACAGACGAGCAAAAUGGAGAAGACAGAAAAGGUCGUCAUCAGAGGAAUCAGAAAACUCGCAGAAAUGGAACAAAUCCACGAAAACAACCACAGAGAAAACCGAGGAGGGCAAAAGUGACGUGGAUUCUGACAGCUGAUAAAUAGAAUAUGAGACGGGAAAAUCUUGCACAAAUAGCCUAUGAUUCGGACUUUAUGUACAUAGUGUAAAGUACCAUGUGAGUAGGAGUGAAAAUGUGUUGUCAUGCUGUUGCACAGAUGUAUAGUAAAUGUUACCUUUAACAAUGAUAUUGUUAUUUAUAUUAAUUUAAAUGUACACAAAGUAACGUGGAUUCUGGCCAUAGUAAUAUUACCUGAUAUUUACAGAAAACAUUUUUGAAGUCUUGUCGUAUUAAGAUAUAUCUAAAUAAGAUGUUCUGGAGUGGGCUGUAACUGAAGACAUGUACGAUGGCAGGACGAUACAUUUUGACAUUGAUUAAACAAACGUUUUAUGCCGCCUGAAAAAAAAAAGAACAUAAGCAAAUAUUAAAGUAAUAUCUAAAAUGUUCGAUUUUUUUUGUAUUUAUUUAAAAUACUGCAAAUAUUCUGUAAGAGCAUUUCUAUUCGUCGAGUCUUCUUAGAAUUCCGGGGUUAUCAGCAUUUGUUGAACCGAGGAACGUUGUAAUUUAGUUGUGUAAUAUAAAAUACCGUAAUUACAUUUUCACAGUAUGUGGGGAUUUAUGUCAUAAUUUGUGAACUCAAGACAGUAGUUCGAGCUAAUUGUCUAUUUAGGCCUAUUCCAUAUUGUCUGUCCAUAAUUUACCAUUAGGUAAAUAAUAUAUGGCACUUUGAAUGGGAACAAGUUUAUUAGAAAAUUUAGCUUCACAUGAAAAUGCCAAAGGACAUCUCUUUUUAUCUCUUCUAUCAAGUUUAAGAUAUUAUAUAAUAUUAAGUCACACCAGGCCAUGCUGGUUUAAUAACCAUCAGAGGAUUCACAAGAAUAGUAUUUAAUGGUCUAAGUCUUUUUAAUUAACCAAGCAGAACCACUUUUUUGUUGUUGUUGUUGAAAGAAUCUCCCUUUUUGAUAUUUAAAUAAGCUACUUAAGCUACGUCUAUCCUUAUUUAUAACUGCCGAAAAAAAUGUUGAAAAGUAAAAUCGCUAUAUCAAACCCGACAUCUCUGAGAAAAUAAAUAAUGACAUCAUUGGCCACAUUAUCUAUUGUUAUUGUUCAUGGUGUUUAACGCUAAUUAUUAGCCUAUAAUAAAAUGUGGUUAAUUGAAUUAUUUAAGCUAGCAUAAUAGUUUGUUUUACAUUCUAAAUACGAAUGAUUAAAAGUAACAUUGUUUCACGACAUUUUGACGCAUGCAGUGUCAAUAUGCUCACACUUCCACUGUGUAGCACUGAGUACGCCUGUACACACACACACACACACACACACAACAUAUUUUUCCUUUCUUUUUCUUAGAGCUAUUUAAUCACACCGAAGGCAACUGAAACAAUGCGAAAUUACAACUGUGGCAGUGUGAUAACAAGUUGAUAAAAUGUUUACGAUGA